AAGCUAGAUUCUGAUUGAAUCAAGAGUACUUUUUCUUGUCGAUGUUUUUAGGAGUUUGGACUCUAGAUCCAAUGUGUUUGUUUUCCAGUGCGCUACAAGUAUGAAGAUGCUCACAAAUUACGACAAUGAGUAGCCAAUUGAGUACCUACACAGAAUCAACUCCGUCUAUUCACACUAUUGUGCCAGAUAUUUUAUGACUUCCUUCAUAUUUUUCUUUUAAUCUAAGCCCACCACAGACAGAGGAAUAACCGCCUCUUCAAACAAGAUAAGAAAAAUCAAUAACUUGUACCUCGCAUCAAUCUUGCGUCCGUAUGGGGCUGUCGAAUUCGUUUUCAUAUCGUGUCGAGUCCGUUAGUCAAAUAUAGGUACAUCGUGUAAAUAUGCGUUGAAAAAUCACCGUGGUACUUUCAAACAUAAAAAAUGCAUCGAUGAGGGAGGCUCAAAAAAGGUUGAAACCAAGGGGUAUUUCAAUGUAAUUUCUGGUAGUAAGUUGCGGUGUGUGUGUGAUAUCGUGGUUUUAUGUGCGCGGUAUCUAGUGAAUAACAAAGAAAGAAACUCUUCCUGUAUGUGCUAACAAUGCCAGCGAGUCCGUCCAAUUCCUUCGUUAUAUUGAGGUUGUCGUAUUGGUAAAAACUAAAUAUUUAAAUCACCAGUAAGCUUAAAUUCAUAUUCAAUCAAAUUUUGUCGGGAUUAUCGAUUUUCAGGUAUUCGUGAUCAGAUUCACGAUUUGAUCUAAUUUUAUACCCAUCCAAUUUAUAAAACACUCAUUUUUCAACAGCAAUCGAAACACAAAUUCAUUGAUUGCAGUGAUUUCAACGCAUUUUAACGAAGUCACGCUGUUUAAAACGAUGUCUGUGCUAGAAAAAUUGACUUCCGAAAUAUUGCCGAAAGUCGCAAAGGAGGGUAAUUUUGGCCAUGAAAUUGAAAAAUUUGUGGAAUUCAAAACAGAUAAAGACUAUAACGCACCGGAUCAUCUUUCCGCGAGCAUCUUUUUUGGUGACGUCAUUCUUGAGACCAAAAACGGACAUCGCAAAGCUCUGAGUGUUGUGGUAAAGGCACAAGCUGGUGGCAAACUUUUCGAGGAGUCCGAUAGGUAUUCCUUUAACAUCCAACUCUACAAUGAGGUUUUAUUUUACUCAGGAAUCCUCCCUCUGUUCCACGAGUGUGAUCCAAGCGGCUCCAUCUUGAAAAUCUUUCCAAAGUGCUUCUACGCACACGCGAACGAAAGCAACCCGGCUGAAGAUAUCCUAAUUUUUGAGAACGUGCAAAAAUACGGAUUUAGAAUGUCACCGUGGAGAGCAUUCAAUGAUUACGCUCAUAUCGAACUCACUGUCAAGUGGCUGGGAAAGUUCCACGCGAUGUCUUUAACGUGUAAGCAUAAGUUCCCCCGAAGAUUUAAUGAGAUCGUUGCCAAAUUUAAGGAGACGCACUGGACGAAAAAAAGGCUACAAAAGCCAGAUGCCUUCUUCAAAGAAAACUGUAAAAGAGGCAUCGUGCCCCUACAAAAUAAUCCAGAUUAUAAGGACAAGUUAAAGGAUCUGUUAACCGUCGUUGAGGAGACCGAUAUUUCGAUGGCUAAAAUAGUCGCUCCAGAGGAGCCUCUAGCAGUGGUCUGUCAUGGAGAUUUCUGUAGGAACAAUGUAUUCUAUAAAUAUGACUCAAACGACAAACCUUUAGAGGUUAUGUUCUUCGAUUUUGCUACCUCACGUUACUCAUCUCCUGCAAUCGAUCUCUCGUUUUAUCUUUUUAUGAAUUCUUCCCCCGCUUUCAAGGCCGAUCACUGGAAUGACGUUCUACAGACCUAUCAUACGGCUUUGACGUCAAACUUUGAUCUCAGUCCUGUAGAGCCUCCCUCUUUCGAAAAUAUCCAGCUGGACGUUCGACGAAGGGGCUUUUACGGGUACACUUUUGCCGCUUUCUUUCUGCCUGCGAUGUUCGAAGAUGAUUGGACGAAGACGGAAUACCGUGAGAUGACGAUUCCCGAAAUCAUUGAACGUCAACUUACGUACGGAGGAGAGGUGGGAACUGAGUACGUUAAGCAACUCGUAAAGUUUAUGAUAGAGCAUGACUUUGAUUUUAAGUACAUUUUGAACCUAAAACUCGAUGCCUUUAAUUAGUGACCUUUGUGAUUUAAAAACUCAGAACUAAAGUCGAAAAAUUCGUUUUUCCGAUUGUUACGUUUCAAAUCUUUGCUCCAAUUUCAUUUUUUCAAAAGAGGGUUGAAUCGCGGUCGGUAAAAUUUUUCCUUAUUUUUUUAUUUUUUUCAAUCUGUUUUUUUCUUCAGGCAUUUAAACAAAUUCACAAAAAAUGUUACAAUUUUGUUUAUAAUAUUGUAAAACACGAAACAUGAUUGAAGGUUUUUAAACGUUGCGUUAAAAAUACUCAUUGUCAGUUCAAUCAUUUUAGUCAUUGGCGUGUAAUCUAUAAAUUUUAUUUAAUGCAUUAAGUUUCACAUCUGAUUUUACAAGUUUAAAGAAUGCGUCGCAUGAUAAAGGCAGCUGCUUGUUGAGUUGAAUUUUCUUUGGUCACUAAACUUUUCUCACCCGUUUCUUAUUCACGGUUAAUUCGCAGCUUUUUUUUUCACUCACAGGUCAACCCAUCCUUAGACAAAUGAAAAGCCUCAAAUUUUGCACACUAAUUUAUUUUAAUAACUCAGGAGACAUAAAACUCUCAAAAUAACAUGGUAACUUUAACUCGCAUAAACGUUUGAAACACUAUUCAUACCCUUUGAAGAUUACGUCUGCUGUUUAAUUAGUUACUGUUUACAAUUAAAUUAACAAGACUCAUAUACUUUUAUCGCACAGGAUCCUCCACUUUAUCACUAGAAAUUUUAAAAAUGAACAUCACUAUCACUGACACUAAGCGCAAUUCACUUACCAAAAAAAUUUAAUUGAGAUGUAGAAGGUACCACGAGUAAAAAGUUGAAAAGUGAUGAAUUUUUUAACGAUCUUGAAAUUUAAUUGUUAGCCUGAUUUGACGAAUGCACCCAUUCUCAUAUAGUCGAUACACUUAUAGAAUCCUGAAAGAUUAGUCUUUUUCAAAAAUGAUCCCCAAAUAAGGUAAAGACUGGAUAUUUUCUUAAAACCAAAAGAAACAAACAAAGUGGCAUGCUUUUCUAGCAAUGAUUGUAGGGUAUACCCUACUAAUUUUGACCACUCAUUAAUUUUUGUGCAAUGGUUUUCUAUAUUUUUAUUAAAAAUAUUGAAGUGGUGAUUAAAUUUUCUUUUCGAAUUGUUACUAUCAUUCAGUAUAAGUUUGAAUCGUCAGUAACUUUCUGAUUCAUAGCUUUCUUUGUUUUAUUCCUUAUUUGUUAUUGUUUGGUUUUAAUUUUCGUUUUCCUCUUACAAUGUUCUUAAUUUUCUAUGUUUUUUUUAUUUCAUUUUAAAACGAACUGAAGUGGCGAAUUGAGUCACAAGACUCAAAAUUUUGGAAACUUGUUCCCAACUUAUCGUGUUUUACGUUGACUACAAUCUCAUCCUUUUAUCAUCAGCUGCUCAUGGUGAUAGAAACAAUUACAAUUACCGCACAUUGAAUGACCGAGGAAGCAACCAGUUUUUCAUACUUUAAAUAAACAAAGUUGGUGCGGAAAUUUUUUUUCAGAAGUAUAGCAAGAGCGCCGAGAUCAUUUGGAUAUAAAAUUCCGAAGAUAAAUUUCUCGAAGUGUAGUAAUGAACACAUAACUGUUGACCACGUUUUUAGAUUUGAUGCAUGAAUAAGCUACAAAAUAUUGUCAUUUUCAUAGUUGUGAAGGAAAAAUCUCCAUUCAAUCUCUACUGUUCAGUUAUUAUUAAUAAGGUGAUCCGUUACCUUUCAUUUCGGACGAGUAAGAUUCACGUGUAUGAGUAACUCCACAUAUGAUGUUUCUAUAAAAUGGAGUUUUUAGUAUAAUCAUUUCGAAUAAAACCGAAAAAGAUGCAACAGCGCACUUAAUUUAAAUUUUUCAGAGGGUAGAAGGUCUCAAAUUCAAUUCCCAACUCCUAAAAUGGUGUUUUUGAUGUUGUUAUUGUUGUUGUUGUUUUUCUUUCUUUCAAUUUCACCUGACCCUGGGUUUCAUUCAUUUAUGAAUUUCUUGCCAUGAUCAAUUUAAGUAUGAAUUUGCUCAAAGUACUAUUAUUAGCUUCAAAAAGCAGGACAUUUUUAAGCGCAAUGCUAACAUUGAUUGUGUCUAAAAUUAUUAUACUUGUAAAAACAUUUCAUUAGGCGUUCUAAUUGCUAAUGUAAGCAUGUUUGUUUUCGACGAUAGUGAUUAAGUAUAGUAUUAAGAGCAUCUUUUAGUCAUUUAAGAAAGCAUCUCAAUAUUUUAGUUGUAUAAAUUUUUGUGAAGCGAUUAAAAUUCGUCAUCCACUUUUAUGAUUACAGUAUUUGAAUAAAUUCUCAUUAUUAUGCGGUUUUCA